GUCUGCUGAAGAGUGGGGGAAGCACGGACAGAGGGAGUGACUGUAACAACAAGCCUGGGAGGAUUCCAUGUUUUCUUUGGCCCUGAAAUGCCUUAUCAGUCUGUCCACCAUCAUCCUUCUGGGUUUGAUCAUCGCCUACCAUACACGGGAAGUCCAGCUCUUUGUGAUUGACAAUGGCGCAGAUGACUGGAGGAUAGCCAUGACCUACGAACGCAUCCUCUACAUCAGCCUGGAGAUGUUGGUUUGUGCCAUCCAUCCCAUCCCUGGUGAAUAUAAAUUUUUUUGGACAGCCCGCCUAGCCUUCUCCUAUGCUCCUUCCAGGGCUGAGGCUGACGUGGACAUCAUCCUUUCUAUCCCCAUGUUCCUCCGGCUGUACCUGAUUGCCCGAGUUAUGUUGCUGCAUAGCAAGCUCUUUACAGAUGCCUCAUCACGGAGUAUUGGGGCACUAAACAAAAUCAACUUCAACACACGUUUUGUCAUGAAGACUCUCAUGACCAUCUGCCCUGGGACAGUACUCCUAGUCUUCAGCAUUUCUCUGUGGAUUAUUGCCGCCUGGACAGUACGAGUCUGUGAAAGGUACCACGACCAACAGGAUGUAACUAGUAACUUUCUGGGUGCAAUGUGGCUUAUCUCCAUCACAUUCCUUUCCAUUGGGUAUGGGGACAUGGUUCCUCACACAUACUGUGGAAAAGGUGUCUGUCUUCUCACUGGCAUCAUGGGUGCCGGCUGUACUGCGCUGGUGGUGGCUGUGGUUGCCAGAAAGUUGGAACUCACCAAAGCCGAGAAGCACGUUCACAACUUCAUGAUGGACACUCAGCUCACAAAACGGAUAAAGAAUGCCGCAGCGAAUGUCCUUCGAGAAACAUGGCUUAUCUAUAAACACACCAAGCUGCUCAAAAAGAUUGACCAUGCCAAAGUCCGGAAACACCAGAGGAAGUUCCUCCAAGCUAUCCACCAGCUGAGAAGCGUAAAGAUGGAACAGAGAAAGCUGAGUGAUCAAGCCAACACCCUGGUAGACCUUUCCAAGAUGCAGAAUGUCAUGUAUGACUUAAUCACAGAGCUGAACGACCGGAGUGAGGACUUGGAAAAACAAAUUGGCAGUCUGGAGUCUAAACUAGAACAACUCACUGCCAGCUUCAAUUCCCUUCCCUUGCUCAUUGCGGACACCCUUCGUCAGCAGCAGCAACAACUCCUCUCAGCCGUCAUCGAGGCUCGGGGAGUGAGUGUGGCAGUGGGGACCCCCCACACGCCACUCUCCGACAGCCCUAUUGGGGUCAGCUCCACUUCUUUUCCCACCCCUUACACAAGCUCAAGCAGCUGCUAAAUAAAACUCCCCACACAGGAAGAAUUGCCGACAGGUCUUAAGAUGCAAGUCAACUUUCUCCCGGUCUUUCUGUCAUCACAGGAACAUUCAGGCUGAGUGGACAUAAAGAAUAAGAUUGAACUAAUUAACAAACUCAUGUUCAUUCAGAGUGCUUGGUUCGAUAUGCCUUGAAAUCAGAAAUCGAAUCUCUGUUUAGGUGCCUAUAUGUGGAAGAGGGAAAGAGAAAUGAAAGGAAACCAAACAUU